UUGAGGGCGCCUUUUAUGAACAUGCUCACAUGCUGCCGCCGCCUUUCUCUCCACCAUCUCUCAUGCAUCAAUCACAACAGGCUGAGCACAGCAGCAUAUUGUGCAGAAGCUACCGGAGCUAGAAGACGAGGUUUUUGCAAGUGUUAGAGCAAGAUGCAGCGAUUGCCAGUAGGUGUGAACUCGCUCGUCAAAAGGCUACACAGACACUACCUACCAUGUGCAUCGCAAGUGCGCAAUAGUCACACCGACAGCUACUCUACAUUAAGUCCCCAACAUGUUGUGAAACCUAAGCCAAUUGAGAAGGUUUUAGUUGCCAACAGAGGUGAAAUUGCUAUCCGUGUGUUUCGAGCAUGUACAGAACUUGGGAUUCGGACGGUAGCGGUAUAUUCUGAACAGGAUAAGCAGCACAUGCACCGAGGCAAAGCCGAUGAAGCGUAUCUAAUAGGAAAAGGAUUGCCCCCAGUACAGGCCUACCUUGCCAUACCUGAAAUCAUCCGUAUAUGCCAAGAAAAUGGUGUUGAUGCAGUACACCCUGGAUAUGGAUUUCUGUCAGAGAGGGCAGACUUUGCUCAGGCGUGUGUGGAUGCCGGGAUUAAGUUCAUCGGGCCGUCACCAAAAGUGGUCCAUCAGAUGGGUGACAAAGUGGAAGCCAGGGCGAUUGCCAUAGCUGCAGGGGUUCCUGUUGUCCCUGGAACCGAUGGACCAGUAUCGACCUUACAAGAGGCAAAAGCUUUCUGUGACCAGCAUGGAAUGCCCAUCAUAUUCAAAGCGGCUUAUGGCGGAGGUGGGCGUGGCAUGAGGGUGGUAAAAUCUAUUGGGGAAUUAGAAGAGAACUUCAAUCGAGCCACAUCAGAAGCAAAAUCAGCAUUUGGAGAUGGUUCACUGUUUAUUGAAAAAUUCAUAGAACGACCUCGGCAUAUAGAAGUACAGAUUCUAGGUGACAGCUCUGGGAACAUUGUCCACCUCUAUGAACGAGACUGCUCUGUCCAGCGAAGGCACCAGAAGGUUGUAGAGAUCGCACCCGCACCAGAGCUUGAUGUCACUUUACGUGACCGCAUGACUUCUGACGCUUUACGCCUGGCGCAUCAUGUUGGCUACGAGAAUGCAGGCACUGUAGAGUUUCUAGUAGAUGAGCACGGCAAGCAUUACUUCAUUGAGGUGAAUGCCAGAUUGCAGGUUGAACACACUGUUACUGAAGAAGUCACAGGAAUUGAUCUAGUGCAAUCCCAGAUUCAUGUGGCUGAGGGUCGAUCUCUCCCAGAACUCGGCAUCACUCAAGAAAAUGUGCAAGUACGUGGAAGCGCCAUGCAGUGCAGGAUCACAACAGAAGAUCCAGCUAAAGGAUUCCAACCGGACACUGGCAGACUAGAGGUGUACCGAAGCGGUGAAGGUAUGGGCAUCCGGAUUGACAGUGCCUCGGCCUUUGCCGGUGCCAUUGUUUCACCACAUUACGACUCACUGCUGGUGAAGAUCAUUGCUCAUGCACAAAAUCAUCAUGCUUCCUCGGACAAGAUGCAGAGGGCGCUCUCCGAAUUCAGAAUCAGAGGAGUUAAGACCAAUAUUCCAUUUUUGAAGAAUGUCUUGUCUCAUAAAAAAUUCCGCUCUGGUCUUGUGGAUACUCACUUCAUUGAUGAUAACCCAGAACUCCUGACGGAUAUCUUUCCAAGUCAGAACCGAGCACAGAAACUCCUGCAUUACUUUGGACACUUGAAAAUCAACGGGCCAUCAACACCUCUAGCAACAGAUCUCUUGCCUGCUGAUGUCACGCCACCGGUACCAGAAGUACCGUUUGGCCAGCCGGAUCCCCCCGGUUUCAGGAACAUCCUUCUCAAGGAGGGUCCUGAGGCAUUUGCCAAAGCCGUAAGACAACACCAGGGAUUACUUCUGAUGGAUACCACCUUCCGUGAUGCUCAUCAGUCGCUCCUAGCAACGAGAGUGAGGACGCAUGACCUGUUGAACAUCUCACCAUUUGUGUCGCAUAACUUCAAUAACUUGUUCAGCAUUGAAAACUGGGGAGGAGCAACAUUUGACGUUGCCAUGCGUUUCUUACAUGAGUGCCCAUGGGAAAGGUUGCAGUCCAUGAGGAGCUUAAUUCCUAACAUUCCAUUCCAAAUGUUGCUGCGUGGAGCUAAUGCUGUUGGUUACACAAGUUACCCAGAUAAUGUUGUUUUCGAGUUUUGUGAAUUGGCCCAUAAAUAUGGCAUGGAUAUCUUCCGCAUCUUUGAUAGUCUGAACUAUGUACCGAAUAUGAAGCUUGGCAUGGAAGCUGUUGGACAAGCAGGAGGCGUUGUUCAAGCUGGUAUCUCGUACAGUGGUGAUGUGUCCGACCCAAUGAGGUCAAAAUACACCUUGGAUUAUUAUAUAGAUUUGGCCUCUGAACUUGUUAAAAUUGGAACUCACAUUCUUUGUAUAAAAGACAUGGCAGGAUUAUUAAAGCCAAAAUCAGCCACCUUGCUUAUCAAGUCGCUGAGGGAUAAAUUUCCUGAUUUGCCAAUACAUGUACACAGCCAUGACACAGCAGGAGCUGGGGUAGCUGCCAUGCUAGCAGCGGCCCAGGCCGGGGCAGAUGUUGUUGAUGUAGCUGUUGAUUCCAUGUCAGGCAUGACAUCCCAGCCGAGCAUGGGAGCCAUUGUUUCUGCGCUUGAAAACACGGAACUUGAUACACAAAUUCCAUUGGAAAAGGUGUUUGACUACAGCUCAUAUUGGGAAGUAGCACGGCAGAUGUACGCGCCGUUUGAAUGCUGUACGACACUCAAGAGCGGCAAUGCCGACAUUUACAAGAAUGAGAUUCCAGGGGGUCAGUACACCAACCUCCAGUUUCAAGCUUUUAGUCUCGGCCUAGGGAGUCAAUUCAACGAGGUCAAGAAAGCAUAUGUAGAAGCAAAUCAGUUGCUAGGCGACCUGAUCAAGGUGACACCCUCAUCCAAGGUUGUUGGUGACCUUGCACAGUUCAUGGUACAGAACAAGUUGAGUGGUGCUGAUGUGGAGGCCAAGGCUGAUGAACUCUCCCUCCCCAAGUCUGUAGUAGAGUUCUUGCAAGGCUACUUGGGCCAGCCAUAUGGAGGCUUCCCAGAACCUUUGAGGUCAAAGGUGAUAAAAGAUUUACCAAGGAUUGAUGCUAGACCAGGCGAGUCAAUGGAGCCUACUGAUUUUGACGCAUUAAAACAGGAAUUAGUUGAGAAACACGGAAGUCGAGUGCGUGAUGUGGAUGUGAUCAGUGCUGCCCUUUAUCCAAAGGUUCACAACGAUUACAUGAACUUCCGCAAAGAGUUUGGACCAGUUGAUUGUCUUUCAACAAGACUGUUUCUCACAGGGCCAGACAUUGCUGAAGAGUUUGAGGUUGAAAUUGAACGUGGAAAGACCCUCCAUGUGAAGUUUUUAGCCCUUGGUGAUUUGAACAAAGCAACAGGUGAAAGGGAGGUAUUCUUUGAACUAAAUGGACAAUUAAGAUCGGUGAUGAUAAAAGACAAACAGGCCAUGAAGGAAAUGCAUGUGCACCCUAAAGUUCAGGCUGGAGUGAAGGGGUCAGUGGGGGCACCAAUGCCAGGAGAGGUAAUUGACGUUCGAGUGAAGGUUGGUGACACUGUGGAGAAGGGUCAACCAUUGGUUGUACUCAGUGCAAUGAAAAUGGAGAUGGUUAUAAACGCACCAAUAUCUGGAAAAAUCAAAGGUUUAUCCGUUAAUGUUGGAUCUCCGGUUGAAGGUGAUGACCUGUUGGUUGAUAUUGAAGAAUAAAUAUAUAAGAAUUUGAUUUAAAAAAACAAGAACAAAACAAAACUAGGAAAAACUAAUAAGUUUGUAUUUUAUUUGUGUUUCUGAAACAAAAACCAGUCCCAUACUGUUAAUCUUUUAUAAGUGUUUAUAUUAUGUUUUAAUUUUUUUAAACAAAUUAGUUAAUAAAACAUUUUUGUUUUUGAAGUAUUUAUUCAUUCUUUAUGUUCAUCAAGAUUUGGGGAAUAUCCAUAAUGCCCUCAGAUACAUUUUUAUUUAUAUUUAUUCAUUCCUCUUUCCUCUUGAUUUGGUGAAUAUAAAAAAAAAACAUAUAAACUCAUUCAUUUAAACAUUAAAAUAAAUAUCUCGAUGUGCUAUAUUUAUAGUAGUGUAAUUUAAAAUUAAUGUUGGUAGUGCAGUAUUAGGACAUAUGCAGUAUUAGGACAUAAUAUGCAAAUUAGGGGUUUGAGUGAGACAAAGUUGUAAUGUGUGUCAUACCAGUGCUAGAUACGAUGCAUGCUUUAAUAAUUUGACUGCCAGUUAAAUACGAAAUGAAAUUAAAGUGCACCACCUGGUGAAUGAAAGGCAUAACUUUGGCUAAAACAUGUUAGCAAUAUUAGAAAAUGACAUUAAUAAUACAGUAUAAUAAUUUUCUUUUUAAUAAUUAUGCAUAAUAAUUAUUUGCUUGAUUAGCAUGAUAAUCACUACUUUUUAGAUACUGCCGUUUAUUGGUGCAUUAAAAAAUAAAUAAUGGAAUCUAUUAAUUAAACUGUUCAAAUCAUUAUGAUUGAGUCUCUAGAAUAAAGGUAUCCAGUGAUUUGUUGGAGUAUGUCGGACAAAAUGUGAUGCCAGUAUAUUUCUCAAUUUUAGUGUUUUUUUCAUAAUAAUUAUGUGCUUCAUUAUAAUUCAUUGCCAUCACUUAAUACUAAAGAGGAUACUGCCAUAUGUUGGUGCAUUACAAAUAUAUUAUAUUUAAAAAAAAUGAAUUAAGCUUUUGUGUGGCGAUUGUUCUCGACUAUGUUCUUGUAUCUUGAAUUUAGGGUUGUUGAUGAAAUAAGCAUGUUACCCUUAUUAAAAUUUAAUUAUGUUAGACUAGUCAUAAAAUGCAAUGCCUUUUUUGUUUGCUUUAUUACAGUUCCACAGUAAACAUGAAUUUUUUUUUGAUAUAUAAGGAAUUAAUGACAUUUAUAUGACUCUCUCUUUAGGAAAUUCUCAUUUGGUUUUGUAUAUAGUUUAAUUAUUUUCUUACAAGCUUCAUUUAUAUGACAAAUCAUUUUUCAUUAAUAUGGUAGACAAGUUUUUGUAUUCUGUUAUAUUUAUUUGGAGUAUCUGUGGGUUAAUGAAAAGGGUUCCAAUGCUAUGGCCUAAAGCUAUAGCUUGUUAGUUAAAAUGUUUACCUUUUCCAAAACCCUUGGACCAGUUACUGUCAGGCCAUGAGUUUUUGUUUUACCUGAAUAAAAACAACACUCCCAACAACACCCCUUGUAGGGGACUUAAGACCCUGCAUAUCUGGACAGGAUGAUUUCAUACCACACUCAUAUAUGGGCAACAUGAUGUCAUAUGACAACCAAAUUUAGGCAAAUCACAUAAAUCUUAGUAGAACAGUAUGGACAGAGUUUAAGCUCAAUGAACUCAUUUAUCAAAUGUUUAUUUUAUGUAGAUAUACUUUUUAGGAAAGAACCUUUUAGUAUUUUUAUCACAACUUUUAGGAGCAGGGCAAUAUAUAUAAAUUUUGCAACUUUUCAAAUUGUAUUCAGCAUUUGUAGUAUUACUUUCGUCCUACUUUGAACAAAAAGAUAUUAAAGAAAAUUGAAGGGCGAAGACAUUAAAGUCCAGUAUGUACAACCAAUACAGUACCAGUUCUUGAGUAUGUGUAAGAAAUAUGGUGUAAGUGAGAAUUUGUGGUGCAGUGGUAAAACUGGGCUUCCAAUUGAAAGUCCUAGGUUCGAAUCUGUGGCUGAUCACUUGUGUGUGUGGGUGGGUAAAGCACCAUAUUUUUGUUUUCUCUUUUCUCAUGUGUAUUAUUUGGUACCAGCUCAGGUUCAGUGACAUUGAGCUGAUCUCCAUCAUUAUGUACCCCAGUGUUUUUUUUAAUGACCAAGUUAAUAGUUUGAAGAGCUGAGAGGCAUUGGCAUGAUGAGGUAUUAUAGUAAGAUGGACCUAUUAUUUAUUUUGAUUAUUAUUUUUACUAUUAAUUAUUAACAUUAUUAGACAUUUCCUUAAGAGAGCCAUUAUGUUUUUUCAAAAAGUUAUAUUUUAGUCAACUCCAUGUAAACUGUUCUCCACUUUUCCAUUAUCAAUAUUUGAUGAAUUUUUUUAUUCAGAUUUAAUCUUAAUUCAGUAAAAAGAUUUGUUACAUUCCUAACACAGUGCUAUUUUUAUUAAAAUUAGAUCCGAUUCCUGUAAAAAAAGUGCUUUCUUCUCAUAUAUUUUUUUUUUAUAACCUUAGCUAUAAAAAAUUAGUACUUUAGGUUAUAGUUUGUAAAAGAGUAACAUGAAAUUUCCCAAGGUUUAUUUUUUGAACUUAUUUCAUCGUGAUAAUUCCAGUAGCGAAUGAGCAAUAUAUUUUAUAGUCUACGGAGUAACCCUAUAUAUUUUUCAUGUUAAAGUCUGUUAGUGGUGGAUUGAUGGAAAGUGCAUACCUUUUUUGAAUAAAGCUCCAAUUAAAAUUCUCA